CUCCCAUCUGUUCUCAUACGCCUGAGCACCGCUUGACGGUACGCCUCCGCUCCCCAAAUCCAAUUGCUUCUGGCGGGCUGUGAUUUUGCCACACUGUGGCUGCGAGCUCGUCCGAAUCUCACGUCGCACAGUGGCUUAUCCGUUCACAGCCGGUGAAUAUUUUAGCAUCCCUCGCGCCAGCGACCGUACCACCGGAUUUACUCCUCGUUCACAAUUCAUCCGAAGCAUCGCGAGUUGCCAUGUCGUCGUCGCUAUCCCCCGACCAGCUCGAAGGAGGCACCUCUCGGGCCUCUACUGAAGGCGCCGACAAGGGCGUCCUCGGCUCUCUGAACCUCAACUUCUUCAAGAACCUGUCAUCAGAUAAAAAGGUCACUCGCACCGGAAAUCCUCCCAAACGCCGUGGACCGAAGCCCGACAGCAAGCCCGCCCUGACUAGGCGGCAAGAACUCAACCGACAGGCUCAGCGUACCCACCGCGAGAGGAAGGAGCUGUACAUCAAGGCAUUAGAAGACGAAGUUCUUAGACUGAAGGAAGUCUUUAGCACAAUCUCACAGGACAAACAGAAACUGGCCGAUGAGAAUAAGCAGCUCAAGGAGGUCCUUGUCCAGAGGGGCAUCCAGCUGCCAAGAGUAGACGACUCGGCAAGCAGUGCUGCGCAGGCGAUGAGUGUAAGUGCCUCUGGCAUUAGCUACGCGCCCGGGUCAUCAAGCGGCUUCUCGCCUGUUGCAACGUCUCACACAACCUCCAUGUCAAUGUCGCCGGACAACCGCCAACAGUCACCUGCCGGGAGCGGGGCUGAUCUUGAGCAGGCUGGUAUUGACUUCGUCUUAACGCUCGAAAAACCUUGCAUGGCACACAUGCCAUUCUUGGUUGACAGAGCGAGCGACGCCGACGGCGCACCGUGCGGCCACGCCCUCAUGGCAUCUUGCCCUCCCGCCCCCUUUCAAGACCUGACAUCGGAAACUCCCUUCGGCAACGGGCACACGCACGACCACGGCGGCGAGUUUCACGCGUUAAGCCAAGGCACGUGGGAGCUCACCAAAGCCGACUUGUCCACGCUCCUGGACCUCAGCCGGAAGCUCAACCUAGACGGCGAAAUCACUCCAGUCAUGGCGUGGGGGAUGGUUUUGUCUCAUUCCAGGUUCGCCGAGCUGGAUGCGGGCGAUUUUGAAAAGCUUUCCGAGGAGUUGCUGCGAAAAGUCAGGUGUUACGGUUUUGGCGCUGUUCUGGAGGAGUUUGAACUACGGGAUGCUAUAGAAAAUAUCUUUUCUGGUCGCCCCGAGGCAAUGGUCUUUUAAACCUAUUGCUACUCACAUCUUUUGUUUAAAAGUUGCUUUUGCCUUUGAUUGGGGGCUACCACACGCCCCCCUUGUCUUGUUUUAAUGAUAGUUGGGUGUUUAUGUUAAAGAUUCCAGGGCGAACCUCGAUGUUUGGUUGCGUCCAUGUCUAAUGGCGGUAUUUUUUCUUUUGCUGGUCUAUGCAGUCAUGAUGUAUAUAUCAUUAUCUUGUUUUUAUCUAGUUCAAAUCAUUUUGGAUACCCAGCAUAUGGGGUUCCCUAUCUACUAUAUAUGCAGACUAAUUCUG